AUGGAUGUCAAAACUGCUUUUUUAAAUGGUGUCCUAAAUGAAGAGGUCUAUGUUGAGCAGCCAAAGGGUUUUGAAGAUCCACAUCAUCCAAAUGAUGUGUUUCGUUUAAAAAAGGCUCUCUAUGGUUUAAAACAAGCUCCUAGAGCAUGGUAUGAAGGAGCCAAAUCUGCAAGAACCCCAAUGAGCACUAGUGCUAAGAUUCAUAGAGACUUGCAUGGCAAAAGUGUGGAUCAAACUCUCUAUAGAAGCAUGAUAGGAAGUCUUCUCUACUUGACUGCUAGUAGACCUGACAUUUCUUUUAGUGUUGGUGUAUGUGCUCGGUUUCAAAGUGACCCAAAAGAGUCUCACUUGUUUGCUGUUAAGAGAAUUAUAAAAUAUGUGAGUGGGACUAGUGAAUUUGGGUUGUGGUAUACCUAUGACACUUGUGUCAAUCUUGUUGGGUAUAGUGAUGCCGAUUGGGCAGGUUGUAGUGAUGAUAGGAAAAGCACUUCCCGGGGGGGUUUUCUAUGUAGGCAACAAUCUUGUUGCUUGGCAUAG